AUGUUCAAAAAGAAGUGCACGACAAAGGAGGCACAAUCAAUCAGCAAAAGUGAUGUGAAGAAGCUGAGGGCCGAUGUUGUGGAUGUCAUUGGGAAAAAUAGCGCGGACAAGUUCGAUCUCGUUGUCCGCAAAAAAGAUACGGUCACCAAACGGAAGUACCAAUGUGGAUCUGGAUCAUCGGUCUUUGUAUACUCCGUCAAUGAAGUACCUUUCUUUAUCUCGAUUGAUCGACUAGGCAAAGAAGAGCACAAUGUUAUUACAGAAGCGAGGCCUUUCAGCUUUCUCAUAGUUCCUACUAUCUUCUUCUUUUUGCGGCUGCACCAGCUCCUGGCUGAGAAAGGCGAUGAGUGGACAAGCGUUGUAAAUGAAGUUGGCGUUGCUAUUAUUUGCCGCGGCCCGACUUCUCGAUUUAUCCUCAGCGGCGCACACUUGAUGAUGCCAGGAAUUUUAAGCACUCGGAAAAAAACACCAGUUUCUGCCGGGGAUGUUGCUCUCAUUUAUUCACUCGGUGUCGAUGUCCCAUACGCCAUCGGAAUCGUGACUAGCAGUAUGGCAGCAAGGCAGGAUACAGGCGUAGGUGUUUUUGUGGUCCAGUGCUUUCGUGACAGUCUCUGGCAGGAAUUCGAGAAUCGAUUUAUUACGAACUACAGCCUUUCCUCAGAAUUAUUUCUCAUUCCAUCUGAGUUUGAGGAAGACCAAGUUCGUGAAAAACUGUCUGAGAUGGGCGUUGCAACUACGGAGAACGAAAACACGAAUCAUCAUGUCUUCAACAAUGAAGUCACCGAGGGGAACGAGGCGCCAGGUGUCGACUACACUGAUAUUUUUUCGGAUGUAGACAGAGUGCUGAAGUUUUGUCUCUGCGAAGCAGUGAAGCAAGUAUCACACUCGCUGCUUCCCAUGCCAAUGCAACAGUUCACGAGCAUUGUGGUCCACUCGUACCCAAGAGACGGUGCCCACACUUCUGCAAUUCAGUUCAAAGAUACAAAAUACAAAAAAGCACUGACAUUUUUUCAAGGAUUUCCGGAUCUUCUAACCGUUGUCGAAACGAGUCCUUGUGUUUAUUGCGUUACUCAAGUAACCAAAUCGGCCGACUUGAUGCGACAACACAAUGCACUUUAUGCUGAUUUUCUCAGCACAGUACAUAUGGAAGGAUGUAGGAAGGAAGCCCAGGAACUGCAAGCGAAGCUCCUUGCCGAUGGAGCAGGUGUGUUCCGUCAGUGCAUUGUCUCUGCCAGUGUUUUCUACGCUGCACCUCGUAGUCUGGACGACGAUCUUAUACGAAUCUUGCUGCUAGGCGAGGAGCUGAACAUACCUCGUGACAGUCUAUUUCCCACAAUAGAGCAUGCUACUACAGGUACUGUUCCUAUUUUCGAAAAAGCUCCUAUUGAUGAUAGCGUUCUCCAAGAAAUUUACACGCAGAAAACACUAGUUGACAAUUUGAAAAACUACAUAAAAGCACACAACCUGCUGGUUGUAAGCGACUCAGAGAAGGGUAAGCUACCCCGUGUAAAAAUUGACGACGUGCUAUCCAUGAUGUUCACCUUCAAGGCAUAUACCUCUGAGAUGCCGUUGGAUCAAGUUAAGCAAGGUAUGCUACGUUUGUUCAGACUGAAGCACGAAAUUGUUUUGCAAACUGUUGUGGAGGGCGCAUCACUAGCUAGCGAUAACUUGAUUCCGAAGCGGCUGAUCAAAAAUGGACCACUUCCAAAGGUGAAUCUGUGGUCGGAGAAGUCGACAAACAGUAAGUUAAUUACAAUUGUACAGAACCUUGAAUCGUUUGGUUUUGAUCUCGAGUUGCUUGCUGAUCAAUGGAAAAAACAGUUUUCUACGAGCUGUGGUGUAGUCGACCCGUCGACAAAGUUGAAAAAUCUGAAGCCCGGGACGAAAAUUCCAUUCGAGAUACAUUUACAAGGAGACUUGAAACAGAAAGUCGCGGCUGCACUCCUGAAGGAAGCAAAUUUACCACCAUCGCAGCUCAUUUGCAAGAAAAAAUAA